AUGCCCGUCCGCUGGUCCCCAGAAAAGGACCAGCUCCUUCUUCUUAAAAUCCUCGAAACCCAUGACCUCUCUGUGGACACCAAGCGUGUUGCCGAAGCCUGGCGUAAGUUCUACUUCCUCCCCCCUCCCCUCCUCCCCAUCCAUAAUCCCCCAUAUAUCAACAAAAAUACUCAAAAACAACCCCAAACUGACAUCCCACCAGCUACCAUAGAAGAGAAUGGAAAAACAGCUGACCGUCCCACCCCAAGGGCUAUAACCGAGCGUCUCGUCCGCAUGCGCCAGAUAGUUAAGUCCACCAACGGCGGAGACGCGCAUUUCAGCAUCGGUAAGGGAAACAGUUCUGGCCCAUCGACGCCCCGGAAGCCUCGUGCCGGUGCUGCCAAAACCCCAAGCAAAAAAACCCCUGCGUCCGGAAAGCGUAAGCUCGUCGAGAAUGGUGGCGAUCAUCCCCACCUGGGCCAGAACGUUCCCGUCAAAAUGGAAGACGAGGAUAGCCCAACGAAGAAGAAACAGCUACAUCCUACCGUCGAGGGUAUGAAUCAGAAUCACACCGGGGGCCAGGAUCUAGAUCAGGUCGGCGUGACUUUGAAAACCGAACCCCAAGAGGAUUUGAUUCUUUUUGAGGAGUCUCCGUCCAAGAGAGCUUGCAGGGAGAGCGUCCUUCCUCCUGGGAUGGCCAGUUACUACGAGGAUGAUGAAGACGAUGAUAAUACGGUGGCGGAGGUGGAGAGUUCGGUUUCGGAAUAUGUUCCUGAGAAUGUUGGGGCAGAGGAGGAUAAGGACGAUGAGAUGCUUUAUGCAUGA